AUGACCAUUGAUAAUGUACUGUUAUCUAUCAACUCUUUCAUUCUCUCUCUCCCUCUCUCUCGCUAUCUAUCUAUCUAUCUAUCUAUCUAUCUAUCUAUCUAUUUCAGUCUAUUCCAAUCUAUCUCUGUUAAUAUUUGUCCAUGUUUCUCUUCUAUCUCUCUCUCUCUCUUUCCUCCCUAUUGCUUCUUAUUUUUUCUUUCACCUUCUCUUUCGAAAUUGCACUGCCAAUUUUCUCGAAAAUCGCUAGUCUUCUUCAAAUUGCCUCAUUCUUGUUUAGUUAAUGUCUUUCGUAUUCUCCAAUUGUUGCCUUUAUUUUUUUCAUUUCCUUCCUUACCUAAAUUCUUCGUCUCGCUUUUUUCAUCUCAAUUUGUCUCCCUUUUCACAUCACAUUCUACAAUUAUCGCCCUUUUCUCCUAUUGUCUGCCUCACUUUCGUUUCACAAAUUUUCUCCAUCAUUUAUGCUUAUUCUUCAGCAAAAAUAUUAUUCGACCUUCUUCUUUCCACUUCGUCUUUCUUUUUCCUGAUUCUUCUUUUUUUUCAUAUCUUUUUCACUGCUUCUUUUCUUCUCCCUCGUUCCUAUUCCUGUUUCUUCCUUUCCAUUUUCCCGUUUUCUUUCUUUCUUUUUCCUCCUUCUCCUCCUUUUCCUAUUUUUUUCUUUUUUUUCUUUUUUUUUUUCCUUGCUGUUGCUUUCUCCGCCUCCUUCUCUUUCUAUAUUUUCAUCUUUCCUUCGCUUUCUUCUUUUAUUUAUAUCCCCUCUUUCUUAACCCUGUUUCUUCUUCUUCUUCUUCUUCUUCUUCUUCUUUCCCCUCCUUCUUAUCCUUCUUCUUUCCUGUUGCUACGUCUUCGCUCCUUUUCUUACACCUACUUUCUUCUUCUUCUUCUUCUUCUUGA